UGGACCGACGACGUCUGUGUCCGUAGCACCGGGAGGAGAGAGAGCGCGCGCGCGACCUUGGGGACGGUUGUCAUGGAUCUGACGCGGCUCGCUGUGGAUGCGGGUCAGUUCAUCAACCGAGCGAUACAGUACACAGGGGAGAGUAUCGGCCAGGCGGACAGGACAGAGUUGGGCCCGGGUGUGGAGGAGCUCCUGGCCCAGGCAGACGCCACCAAGACCUGCACGGACAAGAUCAUCUCCCAGACCGAGGUCUUACUGCAGCCGAGCCCCGGAGCGCGGUUAGAGGACCGGCUGUAUGAGCAUCUCGAAUGGAGCGCCCCGCCUCGUCCUCGUGCCCUUGAGGUUCUGGGAAAUGAAAUGACCCAGGCCGGGCUGGAGAUCGGGUCCAACACACCCUAUGGAACUGCACUGCUAAGGUGUGGAGAGGCUCAGAAGCAGCUUAGUGACGUGGAGAGAAAGUUCGUCCAAAGCACUAACAUCCACUUCCUCACCCCUCUGAGGAGUUUCACUGAGGGAGAAUACAGGACCAUACAAGAUGAGCGCAGGAUGUUGCUGAACAAGCGUUUGGAUUUGGACAUAGCCAAAACGAGACUGAGGAAAGCCCGUGAGGCCGAACGAGAGGACAGAAACCUAAAUGCAAACCCACUGGAUGAUGACUACAUGUCUCAGGUUUCCUACAUGUUCAGCUUCCUGCGGGUCAAAUGGCUAAAGAUAUGGGCACAGCAAAUCUCUCAGGCAGAGAUGGAGCUGAGAAUCUGUCAGAGUCUCUACGAUCGACAGUCAGAAAUUACGAGGCGGCUUCUGGAAGGAAUCGGCAACACUCACACCAACCACAUGCGAAGCCUGACGGACUUUGUGGAGGCUCAGGCCUGUUACUUUGACCAGUGCAACCAACAUGCUCAGGAGCUUCGGAAACAGCUGGCGAGCGUCCCUGCAGUCCUCUGCUCCAAUAACUGGAUGUCAGAAAUUAGUAAUCAGCCAUCGGCAAGCAACCACAUAUCCAAUGAGCCCACUGGGUUGAAUCAGGUCUCUCCGAUUCCCGCAGUCGUCCAUCAAAUUCCAGAUUUCGACCAGGACUCGUGGACUGCCGAUCCACCACCUGCCCCUGAAAAAAUAGCAACAAAUUCCUCUGUAACCACACAGCCACUGCAACCGACAAUUAACAACCAUAACAACAACAACAACAACAACAACAACGUCAGCAAAGAAAUCAGUUACCAGUCAGCGGGCAGCCGAGCUCGUCGUGAUGUCUUGGCGUCAAAUUCAGACAAUCACCCAACAGGUCAGCUCUCAGCAGCCAACGGGACGGUCGGCAGCACACACGUGACGUCCCACGGGUCGACUGCGGAGUCCUCAGCCACAAGCCAGACAGUGCAAUUAAGUGCAACGGCCGAGGAAACCGGCGGCGCAGGUGACGCAGCGACGACAACGUCCUCUCAUCCUUCACAACCGAUUGAAACUGGGAAAGAAUUUCACACAGCAAACGCGGUGUCUAGUAGUGAAACCAUGGCAACCAAUGCCACGGCCGAUGAGCCCAUAACGACCGACGAAACUGCUAAUGAGCAGCCGGCCGUUAAUGGAGAAGAUGUCCAGGAGUCAUCAUCAGCAGCCAGUGAGGAUGUGGCUCAGUAGAGACUAAUUUCUUGGGGGGGGGGGGGUGACGCCAGGCCAAAGCUUUUCAGCUGGGACAGACUUUAAUGGAGGUUCAGCUGAAUUAGACCAGUCACAGGCUGAGGAUACAGACUGUAUUAGAUUGGUACAGAUACACAAUCAGUAUAAGUGUGUGGUCAAAACUUUAAUUAAUCCCAUAGGUAAGACGAGGAGGCAAAGUGGUUGUCAAAGUGCUUAUUUUUCUAGUGCCACAAUCAUUUCAGCCUUUAGGAUUCUUCAUAUAUUAUUCAUGUUGUAUGAACACGAUGACUGUUGAGUAUCGGUCCUGUAUCUCGCGGUAGAAGACGCAGUGUUUCCCCUGACCGACUGUUGUGUCUGCAGCGUGCGACUCCAUCAAUACCUGUGACAUUCAAAUCUUUAUUUUUUAACAUUUUUGCAAAAUGAGAACUGACUUACUAACAAAGGCAAAACUAAUCGAGCUUUGUGCCAAGUACAGUGUAUGUGUGUAUAUUUGUCGGUGUGAAUACAUGUCUGUCUGUGACCCUGUCGCCAUGUACAGCUCACCCAAACCCUGUGACACCUUUAGAAAGGUGUGUGUGUGUGUGUGUGUGUGUGUGUGUGUGUGUGUGUGUGUGUGUGUGUGUGUGUGUGUGUGUGUGUGUGUGUGUGUGUGUGUGUGUGUGUGUGUGUGUGUGUGUGUGUGUGUGUGUGUGUGUGUGUGUUUUGAGGUCAUUUUCCAUAUGAAACGUGUCGUUUGUGUGUUGGAGAACCUAGCGAGGUGAUAAAAAACACCCGGCUGAACGGGAUCUUUAUGCUGUAGCAUGAUGCAAAAAAUAUUCCUUCUCGUUCCCACUCUGGGUGUUUCCCCCUGCACACGUUCAAAUCACUUACUCACUUGUACACCCCCCCCCCUCCUUUAAGCCCCCAUUAGGGUGAAAUGGGUAGAAGUUUCCAUGUCCAGAUGUUGUUAAUUUUCUCCGUGAGGGCAGCCCCCCGCUCUACUGUGGCGUGGAUCCACUCUGGGGACCCUGGAUGGAAAAAACACACGUUUAUAAUGUAGCAUUGGCCUCGUUGACGUAAUCACCAACUAACUCUAUGCUCAAUUUCGGCCUUUUGUCCCAAUCUGUAAAGAUGUGCGUGGGUUCCUGCAUGGCUUCGUCAUUGCCCAUUCUAGUCGCCGCGUGCCAGUUUUUAAGCCGCACGUACAUGUGCUCAUGAUCAGUCGCAUGUCGUUCGUUGAGCUGAUGUGGGUGCGAGUUUUGAAUUUAUUCAUCUGAAAAUGUGCAAAUAAAUAUGCCAACCAGUGAUGUCAUGUCCAUCCGAGUCAAGUGGGGGAUUCUGACUUUGUGCUCCAGUUGAGGUGUUUAAUGUUAUUUCCUUGUUCCCUUAUAUACUCCUCUCCUAUCAGCCAAACCUCUCGGCCUAGAUUUAUACGCACUCAAACUAUUUCCAUGUCAAAGACUUGAUCACGCUUUCCAGGCCAAGUAUGGUGAUAUAUCACAUCUCGCUGAUUGACACCGUCUUGACACAGCGUUAAACUUGUGGUGAAGCCUUUAUUGUGUUAACCACAUAACACGACAUAUUGAUGUCUGGUUAGUGUAUGAUACCUACCACAACCCCUUGGCCCAUGCACACACACACUGAAACACUACUCCGAGAAACACCCGCUCCUGUAUUCAGCCCUCGCCUCUCUCUCCAGUCCGAGGCUGUAAAGAGUGAUUAGAUCGGUAGAGCGCAGGUAAUGUGAUAUCGAUCUCAGCAAAGUCAGGAGGCCUGUCGUUCGAAUAACAUCAUAAACACUUAUAUCACACCACUAUAUCAGCUCUACAUUUUUACAGGGGCCCCACAGGAGGCACAGUCAGAGCUCAAAGACAGAUUGAGUUGUGUUUUGUUCCUGCAGCCUUUUCCUAUGACUCAGCCGAACCAGAAUAGAUUCUCCUGACGUCCGUCCCUAGCUGCUCAUCAGGGCCCUUUCCGCCUCACACUGAUAUUGCAAGUCCUCGUUACGUUUUCCAACCUAUUUAUAUAAUUUAGGGAAUCUUCUGUCAGCAGAUCCAGCAUCUAUCUCUCUCUCUCUGUCUCUCUCUCUCUCUCUCUCUCUCUCUCUCUCUCUCUCUCUCUCUCUCUCCCUCCCGACCGCAUGUGAUGUGAUGCAGGAAGGAAGGGGAAGCUGGAAUCAUGUUUUGCAGGCUGGUUGAGAUGAGUGAGUUAUGAAAGCAGUUAAAGGGAGCUGGGAUGCUUGAAAUUAUAUUUUUCUGCACCUGGGGAGGAAAUACAAAUAUUAUUUCAAUAGAUAGGUUCAGUAAAUAGUUUUAUAUUUUUAAAUUCAAUUUAGAUUUAACUUGUGCGUUAUCCAAACUGAGGUUGCAAAUCUCCUUUGCAAUGGAGGUUUGGCGAAGAGUCAAUACAAACAAUACUGAAUGCAGAUAUUCUAAGAAGAGCACACACAACAGUGGAGUCAUAACCGCUGAAGUUGUCUUGAAUUCAAAAUGUCAGUUGUUUACAAUCCUUUUGCAGACGGUUCCUCGUGGAGGCUAACCUUCUUAUAUCCAUAUAGCCACGGACUGGCAACAGGCGGUCUUGUGAUUUGUCAAAAAAUAAACUUUAAGAUGAAAAUGAUGGCGGAAUAGCUUUAUUAUGGCUUUACAAAUAGUCUACACAGCCAUGCGCUGGGAGCCUUGAUGCACUUCAUUAGUACAGUAAGGCAGUUUGUGGCUCCAUUGAAUAUUGUUAUAUAUCUAUUUUUCUCAUGAUGACCUUAUUGUGAGGCUGUAUGAUGUAUCAGCAUAUCUCCAACCUCUCCUUUGUUAGGGACGAAAGGGGAAACGCCCCGAGAACACCACACGGCUCUAAUAAAACUGGCCUGCGUUGGCUGACUUUGUAAGUGUUA